AUGUUUUGGGUCGUCGUUUUCUCGCAACCGAACGGAUCUGAUUUGGGAUGUUAUUUACAAAGUGAAGGACUUAAUCUGAGAUGGCUAUCGGAUGAACUCGAUGUUGAUGUGUAUGCUUAUGAUUAUUCUGGCUUCGGUACGAGUACAGGUCACGCUUCCGAAAAGAAUAUUUACUCUGACAUUGAGGCCGUUUACAAUCAUAUUCUGGUCACUCGUGGUGCAGAUAUUCGUGUAGGUUGCAUAUUCAUCGAGCACAUACUUAUCCUGCGCUCAUCGACUAUAAGUUAA